UACUUGCUGUUGCUAAAAAUAGAACGUCUGGUGUAUGUCGUAAUGCGCUAUGCGUUUUAUGAAUUAUUCAUAUUGACCUACCCAUAAUGCAUUUUUGUGUGUACAAUAAAUCCACGACAUGACUGAACUGGAACAGAUUUUUGGGACUCGCCCUUCCGAAGAGUGAAGUAAUAAGCUCUAACUAUGCACCUUCGAGGCUGACACAAACAAUCUCUGGAGCUUGAAUACGGCAGCCUUUUGGCCAGACCCGUAAGAUGAUUAGUGGCAUCCUGCCACAUCAGUGGGGGAGCUUACCAUGGACUCAGAAUCGCAGAGCCUGACCAGCAGCCCUGGCAUUUCCUCGGAGUUUUACGAGCCUGACCCUUCGAGGAGCGACAACAACAACAACAACAGAGGGACGAGCCCUGGGGUGGGCCCUGAAGAUCUGUAUUCAUCGCCUUCAUCUUCAAGCAGCGAUCGAGACACUCAAUUUUCCCCUGAGAACUAUCAAGAUGAGGAGUUCUAUGGAAAGUUGAAGGUCAAAGUUCGCAGGGACGGCAAGAAACUCACUGAGAAGAAACGGCGGCAGGACCUGCAGCAGCAGUACGGCAACCUCAGACUGUUGGUGCCAGGGUUACAAGAUGUGGAGGGUCGCACGCCAUUCUCAAGGAAUGUUAUACUCAAAAACACACUGCAUCACAUUGAACAGCUGAAGGUCUCUGUGAGUUCUUCCCUCCACCUGGCAAAUGAACUGCGACUUGAACAAGAAUACAACCACCAGCUGGAAAGGGAAUGGCAAAUGUGGCGAAAAAAAGUAGAGGAUUUGAGGAAAAAGAAACAACGAAAAUCACAGACAGACAAACCAGCUCCUCAACAGUUGCAUCCAGAUAUGCUAAACGACAUGACAUCACAACAUGGUCAGUCCAAAUGGCCACCUCAGCACCAAUCAAACAACUUGCAGACAAUCACAUGACAUGCAGCUAUUGCAUAAUUCCACAACCACUAUGCAAAAUGUCUUCAGAACUAUGUAGUUAACAAAACAGUUUCAGAAUUAUAUAUGUGACCGGCUCCACAAAAAAGGGUAUUAAGUCGUGCUGUGCAUUAUUGUGUAAUGGCCCGCUCAGUGUUGAGAGGGUGAAAAUCUUGUAAAAAAUGUGAUUUUCAUUUUUUUGUCAUGAAUGACAUCUUUAAAACCUACAGUUUCAGGGUUCAUUCACAGAAAUGUUGAUUUUGAUAAAUAAAGUAGGAAAAAAACUACCAUUUUAUGUGCAUCGUUCUGUUGUUCUACAACAGAGCCAGCUAUUUCAAAGCCUGUUUUCUCUGUUGUGUAAUUCGAACUCCAAGGAGGUAAUUAUUAUACAAAUAAGUCAUGUCUCCAGAACGGGAGAAGCUAUGGAGCUCUAUUAUAUACCAAAUGAAAGGGCUUUCCAACCAUGUAUAUAACUCAAUUUCACUUUUUUUGCGACGUAAUACCCUUUUUCGUGGAGCCGGUCACCUAUUCUUACAUUGGUGGUAUGCCUAAGAGACAUCUACUUUGGUUUUCUCUCCAUCCUUAUUAAAACUGAAAGAUUUGAAUACUUGGAACUAAAGUUUUUCUAUGCAAAUUCUUAUCUUGUUUCUGGUCUUUUUUUUUUAAGUGGAAUGUGUUUUAUUAAGGUGAGAUUUAUUCAACGUACUUACAAUGCAAAGCGGACACUUUUUGUGAAAUAGAUUUAUGUGUCCUGUAAAGGUGGCAAGGUGGGUUUAAAUACUGUUGAGAUAUGAAGUGUACUUAAUUGAAUUUUUGUGUUAAAAAUAAUGUGCCUUAUCUGUCGUUAAUUGUUUGAUGAAUGUUCUGGCAGUGGGUGGUUUGAAAAAUUAUUGUGUAAAAACUAAAGGCAGUGAGAAAGCAAUUGGUAUUCAUUUGGAAAUGGAAUAUUAAAUUUUCAGGGAUGUAUUUACAUUUGUACAGUGUAGCAAACCUGAUGUUUCAAAAGGGAUGUUUUUACAAACGAAGGAUACAAAUAAGAUGGAUGUUUUUCUCAGAAUCGAGCGCAUCUGGUCAAGUUGGUCAACAAGUCCAACUACAUAAUACACAUUUCCCUUCACAGUACUGUUUUGUGUGUUGCACUUGGCUUUCCCAUUCCUGUGAUUGCAGGACAAUGAAAUAUUUUUUGGGGCAACAAGUGUCAGUAAAAUCAUGGAGCAUUUUCUCAGGAAACAAUUUUUUUUUUUUUAUUACAGUUUUUUUUUUAUGUUCGAUGUGCAUAGUUUGGCAGUUUUGACUUUCCAAAUUAGUUUGUACAUUUGAUUUGUUCUAAAUAAUUUGUCAUACAUAUGAGUCUUGAAGGAUUUAUUUUUCGUGAUUUGGAUCUUAAAAAAGGUGCAAAGUUGUCAAAAAUGAUUUGCUUGUUAAAAAAAUGGUUAAGACUCUUUUCAUUUUACCAUAAACUUCAGGAUGUGUAGCAAUAUCGAAUUCUGUACUUAAGGUUGUUCCUAACUAAAUUGGCUGCAUAGAAGUUCGUUUUUCGACAUGUUGGCCUUUUAUUGUUCAAACAAAGUCCCACAUAAAGAAACCUUGAUUUGUUGCUCUUUCCGUUGAUUUUGGUUAGACAUUUAAUCAGAAAAACUUACUGUUAAACAGUUUAAGUUAUGAUAUGCUUCACCAUGUUGUUUUUGUUAUUGUAAUCUAUAUUUGCAUUCUACUUCUGUAAAUUUUGGGUUGUAGCAUCAUUGUGUAUAUACUUUGUGACGUGUGAUGCUUUUUCUAAAAUCUCUCUGAAAUAUAGUUUACUUUGUCUUUCAAAUUACUGCCUUUCAGUCAAAUCGAAAUAUGUGGUUUAAAUACACAAAGAAAUAUUUUCAUAUGAACAAAACAUGUGGACACUAAGUACUUGAACCGGCAUUUUUAUUUAAAAUAAGUACAGGUAUUCAAACGUUCAUCAGAACUGAAAAAUUCUAAAUUCCUUCCAUGUGAACUGGUGUUUUUGUUGAUCACUACUAACACAAUUCUUAUAUGCAACUCAGUUGGUUUAUAUUUGAAAUCCAAAUAUUGGCGUGUUGAUCACAUUUUCUGUGUGGUAUCUUAUAAUAGAGGUGGUUGAUGUAUAUUUAAAUGGUUUGAUUCGCAAAAUGUGAUAAUUGUAGUCAAGUCUUUUUCACCAUAAUUUAGACCUUUCAGGGCCUUUUUUUAACUGUUUAUUAAUGUCUUUCACAGCAACAGAUAUUUGUAUAAUUUGUGCCUUUUGAUAACAAGUGCCUUGCAUCGUACAUGAUUUUAACAAAUUGUCUUGUUUUGGUUUUUGUACUGAGAUCUUUUCUUAAAAAAGUGCUUUGUAUGUAUGCAAAUAUAAGUUUUCAUUAAAAUAACAAGGUUAGUCUUAUUAAGUAA